AUGAAUGAAGAUGUUGAUAUCAUAAAUGAACAUCUGAUUAGUAUGUUUCUUGGUAUAUCUGCUAUAUAUAAAAGCUAUGAUUUAGUUGUUGGUGAUAGUUGCACACUCUAUCCUACUGAAUUCCUCAAUUCACUUUGCCCGGGGGGAAUGAGUCCUCACAGACUUGAGUUGAAAAUAGGCGGUCUUGUUAUUCUAUUGCGCAACUUGGCGCCCUCUAAAGGCAUGUGCAAUGGAACCCGUCUUAUUUGUAGACGAAUCCUUCCUAAUUCUAUUAUAUGUGAAAUAUCAUCAGGUCAUUAUGAAGGCACGUUUUACUUUGUACCUCGUGUGAAUUUAAGGCCUUCAGUUUCUUCUAAGUAUCCAUUUCAGUUUGAACGUGUUCGAUUUCAAUUGAAAUUAAGCUUUGCAAUGACAUUAAACAAGUCUCAAGGUCAAACAUUAAAUCGAGUGUUAGUGUAUCUUCCACAUCCAUGCUUCUCACAUGGACAACUAUAUGUUGCUCUUUCACAUGCUAAACGGUCUGAUAUGGUUACUGUCUUUACACCUCAGCCACCAGUUGCUAUUCCUAAAUCAAGUGUUAAGAAUAUCGUGUCAUAUGAUGUUUUACGAUUAGAAAAUAUUAUUUAA